AUGACCAACACUUUUAAAGCCCAAGAAUAUAUAGAUAAGAAUUUAACCGACAAAAAUAUUACUCGGUUAGAAAUAACUUCUACAAAAUUAGGAGAAAAAUUAACUGAUGAACUGGUUAUUAAGGACUAUAUUGAAUUGGAAGAAAUAAAUCUCAAAGAACACAAAUUAACUGGUUUAACGGUUAUUAAUUGCCCUAAAUUGAAGAAAAUUAAUGUUCGCAAUAAUCAGUUAAAUAAACUAGAAUUAAACGAUAGCAAUAAUGCUAUUGAAGAAAUAAUCGCUAACGACAAUGUUUUAGAGAGCUUAGAUUUAAAUAAUUGCUCUAAUUUAAAGAAAUUGAUAAUUGCCGACAAUCCUGAUUUAGCAAAUAUAAAUCUAAACUGGACAACCAUUAAACACUUUAAUUUUGCUAAUACUUCAUUUUCGUUAGAAGAGAGUUUUAAAGAGUUGAAAGAAGAAAUUACUAGUUUAAAAGAAAAAAACGAAGGCUUCCGCCAAUCUUUAAAAAUAGUAGACGAAGCCGCCUAUUUUGAAAGUGAUGACCCUAAUAUUGCCGAAAAUAGUCCAGUCUUGGGUUCCUAUUUCCAAUUUCCCGAACAAAAAAGACGAGCUAAACAAAUCUUAACUUGA